CGAAGACCAACGCAGCUGUUUCACAUCUGGGGCUGGAGAGAUGCUUCACUCAAGAAGUUGAGCCAAAGGAUUAAAAAAAAAAAAAUUGAUUUACCAAAAGAAGAACCCUAAUUUUCCUGAACGAAGUUCCAAUGCGCUGCACCCCAAAGUGUGACUUCCCCCAGGCUGGCAGCAGCUGUGUUGAGAGGGUGCUGGUAAGCUGAUCCCAGGGAGAUGUCACAGCUGUACUACCGGCGGACUGACAGCUCUUCAUACCGGGACCGCAUCCCGCUGAGAAUUGUGCGGGCAGAGUCGGAGCUGUCAGCGUUGGAGAAAGCCUACCUCGGCGCUGUGGAGAAAGGAGACUAUGCCAGUGUGAAGCAAGCUUUGAAGGAGGCAGAGAUUUAUUUCAAGAUCAACAUUAACUGCAUCGACCCUCUCGGCCGCACGGCUCUUCUGAUUGCCAUUGAGAACGAGAACCUGGAAAUUAUUGAGCUCCUGCUGAGCUUCAACGUCUACGUUGGUGAUGCCCUCCUGCACGCCAUCCGGAAGGAAGUGGUGGGAGCCGUGGAGCUGCUGCUCAUUCACAAGAAGCCCAGUGGGGGCAUGCAGGUCCCUCCUAUCUUAUUGGACAAGCAGUACUCAGACUUCACCCCUGACAUCACUCCCAUCAUCCUCGCCGCACACACCAAUAACUAUGAAAUUAUCAAGCUUCUGGUGCAGAAAGGUGUGUCUAUGCCACAGCCACAUGAGGUGCGCUGCAACUGUGUGGAGUGUGUGUCUAGUUCAGACGUGGACAGCUUGCGGCACUCGCGCUCCCGCUUAAACAUCUACAAAGCGCUGUCAAGCCCCUCAUUAAUAGCACUCUCCAGCGAAGACCCUUUCCUCACUGCAUUCAGGCUCAGCUGGGAGCUGCAGGAGCUCAGCAAGGUGGAGAAUGAGUUUAAAUCUGAAUAUGAGGAGCUCUCUCAGCAGUGUAAACAGUUUGCUAAGGAUCUCCUGGACCAGACGAGGAGCUCCAGGGAGCUGGAGCUGAUUUUAAACUACAGAGACGAUAUCAACAUAUUGGAAGAAGAGGGGAACAAUGAUCUUGCACGCCUCAAUUUAGCGAUUAAGUACUACCAAAAAGAGUUUGUUGCUCAGCCGAAUUGUCAGCAGCUUUUGGCAUCCAGGUGGUACGAUGAGUUUCCCGGCUGGAGGCGGCGCCACUGGGCAGGAAAGUUCAUCACCUGUGUUUUCAUCGGCCUCCUCUACCCCGUGUUCGCUAUCUGCUACCUCACCGUGCCAAAGAGCCGCUACGGCCUCUUCAUCCGCAAGCCCUUCAUCAAGUUCAUCUGCCACACGGCGUCCUACCUGAUCUUCUUGUUCCUGCUGCUCCUCGCCUCCCAGCAUAUUGUCACCACAGAGCAGGGCAGGCAAGACAGACAGGGUCCUGCACCGACCCCCGUGGAGUGGAUGAUCCUGCCAUGGGUGCUGGGAUUCAUCUGGGCAGAGAUCAAGCAGAUGUGGGAUGGAGGCUUCCAAGACUACGUCCAUGACUGGUGGAACCUGAUGGACUUCGUCAUGAACUCUCUGUACCUGGCCACCAUCUCCCUCAAGAUUGUAGCCUACACUAAGUACAGUGGCAGUAAACCCAGGAACCAGUGGGAAAUGUGGCACCCUACUCUUGUUGCUGAGGCAUUGUUUGCCAUAGCGAACAUAUUCAGCUCCCUGCGCCUCAUCUCACUCUUCACAGCCAACUCUCAUCUGGGGCCGCUGCAGAUCUCUCUCGGGCGAAUGCUGCUGGACAUCCUGAAGUUCCUCUUCAUCUAUUGUCUGGUUUUACUGGCCUUUGCUAACGGGCUGAACCAGCUGUACUUCUACUAUGAGACGAAGGCUUCAGAUGAGAGGGGGAAAUGCAAGGGCAUCCGCUGUGUGGAGCAGAAUAAUGCCUUCUCAACUUUAUUUGAGACCCUACAGUCUCUUUUCUGGUCCAUCUUUGGGCUCAUCAGCCUCUAUGUAACCAAUGUGGAUGCAGACCACCAGUUCACUGAAUUUAUCGGGGCCACCAUGUUCGGCACAUACAACAUCAUUUCGCUGGUGGUCCUCCUCAACAUGCUCAUAGCCAUGAUGAACAACUCCUACCAACACAUUGCUGAUCAUGCUGACAUCGAGUGGAAGUUUGCCAGGACAAAGCUGUGGAUGAGCUACUUCGAGGAAGGAGCCACUCUGCCCCCCCCUUUCAACAUAAUCCCCAGCCCCAAAUCCUUCUGGUAUCUUGUGUGUUGGAUCAAGAGACAAGUGUGCAAGAGAAGACGGUCCAAGUGCCGCGAAACUAUCGGAACGCUCGGAAGACGAGCAGCAGAGAACUUGAGGAUAAACCAUCAAUAUCAGGAGGUUUUAAGGAAUCUGGUGAAACGUUAUGUGGCUGCUAUGAUCAGAGAUGCCAAGACAGAGGAAGGCCUGACUGAAGAAAACUUCAAGGAGCUGAAGCAAGAUAUCUCCAGUUUCCGCUACGAGGUGAUGGGCUUGUUGAAGACAGGGAAGCCUUCUCUGCAGGGUGCAAUAGCCAGUGGAAGCUCGGUAGAGUCCGGUCUCGCUUAUCCAAAUUCCUCACUUAAAAUUUCCUCCGGAACUCCGAGCAGCAAAGUGAAAAGCAAGCUAAACCGAUUUAAGAUAACCACAUCGAUUCUCAAGCAAAGCAGUUCGUCAGCUUCACCCAGGCCACCCGAAGUCUUCAACGGUCUACCCAACGGACUCUUAUCGCUGGUCUCAGGCCAGAGUUGCAGCGAUGUUUCAAGUCAGAAAAGAAGUGACCCCAAAGACAGUAGUGACUUUGGUUUGUUCCAGAAACACCACAGCGGCAGCAAAGACGUCACUUCAGGUGCAGGAGAGAUUUCCAGAGAGAUGUACUCUUUGUCAGAAGAAGCGGGAGAGUCUGGGGGCUCAGAUGAUGAGGAGCAGAGCAAAGGAGCCAGAGCAAAGACUGCGAAAGAACUACCAGGGACAGAGAGGAGGGAAACAUCUCCUGAAAGGAGGCAGGCUUCAGACAUCAGCUGUAACUUUGAAGAAAAUGUGGACAAACCAAGUGUGGAAGAGGAUACCGAUGUACCUUGUAUUGACUCAGUAGCUGAUGCAUAUUUGUCCGAGCCAAGGAGAAAAUAUGAAUGAGAUGUGGUUAUACACGUCCAGAGCUGCUGGACUGAAGACAGAGACUGACAAUCAGCAGGAGUUCCAAGAGAACAUUUUUGCCAGAGGUUUUGAAAAGACUCCAGCUUCUCCAGUUGAUAGUAAAUGAAUGACGAGCUUUUAUCUUUGGAGACUCAGGGAGGCCUUUGCUUUAACUGUUUUAACCUAGAAGAGAUAACGCAACAAAGGUUAGUGGAGUUUUGUGCAAGCAUUAUAAAGAUAAAUGUUUCAGAAUAAGAUGAUUUUAUCUUAUCUAUUCCAUUCAGAUGAUUGAAAGAAAGAAUGAAUUCAGUUUUUCUAAUCAUCCACCUUUUCCCUGCUUUAACAUGCUGCGUGAAGUUCUGUCCAAGCGAUCCUGUUGUUUACCCUUUUCUUGAUCGCUCUCUCUACCUCUUUCCUUUCACGUUUAUCUGGACACAUCUUUAACUCCCUGCAUCCUUAUCUCACUACAGCAAUAGAUGUGUUGUUUUCAACCUGACUUUCUGCCUUAUGCUGUCCGUUUCUGCACUUUAAACACUUCACUGGCAUUCAGUCUCUCAAAGAUGUGCCAAGCUCUCAUUGCUCAACAUCGAUUAGUUCUGUUUUCUAUGCAAAAAGAAAAAAAAAAAAAAACCUCACCAUUCUGACAAGACGGCGUACAUUCAGCCCAGACAGGUCCUGGCCAAUAUUCUGUUAUGUAGAGCUUCAGCUGACAUUUGAGAGAUGGACAUCAGAAAUAUUUCAUGAAUGUUUCUCUCAACUCACUCCUGAAGAAGUGUUAUUUAUUUUGACCAGAUUUUUGAUUCAGUAGUGGUUUGAAUGAAUGGGAGUACAAAGUAUAUCAACAAUGUUAAUAAACUUAAAAAUAAAUUCUGUUUUUUUCUCUUGUACUCAUUUGAUGAAGCAAAUAUAUAAAAUGGAAAUGAAACAUUUGGUCAUUGAAACCAUCUUUACUGGCUAAUUUCUACCACAUUAUUAUACAACCUGAAGCUGAACACUUCAACUACUCAUAGAAAUACUUUGUCUUGUACAUU